AUGGUGGAGAAGGAUGGCUUCAAAGAGGGGCAGACGAACGAGAUUCAGCUUCCCACCAUCACCGGCAAACUCCUUGAGAAGGUGAUUGAGUACCUGUACUUCAAGUACAAGUACACUGAUGCCAAGGCGAGUGACACUUCCAGAUCGUUGCCAAAGAAAGCGUGA